UAUUUUCCUUAUUACCGUUGCUAAUAUUAAAAAAAUAAUAAAUAAAAAAAGUCAGCAUAACUAGGAGAGCUGAGUUGAAUCAAAUAGAAUAAGAAUUAAGAAUUAAAAUCAAAAUUAAAAUUAAAAAAAGAAAAAGGAAAAUUGCAGCGAAGAAGAACACCAAUACCUUCCUUCCAAGACAUCCAAAGCACUUCCUUAGCUGAAGACGAAGAAGAAGAAGAAGUAAAGCCCACGAAUUCUCUUCUUCUUCUCGUUAUUAUUCCUUCUCUGCAUUUUGUUUUGUAAUUUUCUUUUCGCAGAGUGAAAAAAAAAGUAUAUAAAAGGAAAAAAAAGAAAAGAAAAGAAAUGGCCGAAAUAGAUGGUUCGUCAAGACCGCCACAAAUCUCUGAAAUGUUUCAGAAAUUCGCUCUCGCUUUCAAAGCCAAGACCUUCGAAUUCUUCGCCGACGAAGAAGCAGGGGAAGAUGCUGAUGGCUUCUCACUCCUCGACUCUGCCGAAGAGGUAAUUACUGACCAGAAAGUUGUCGUUAUUAAACCCGACUCGGCUUUCGACUUCACUCCGUCGCAACCGAAGCUCACUAAGUCUGUUUCGGACGAGACCCAGUUGAAGAAGCAUGGCGAAUUCGCAAGAACGAGGUCUUUGAGCCAGACUCAGAUCAGACCCAUCAAUACCCAAUUGACUCAGACCUUGAUUUCGUCGAUUUUCGCUACGGUUUCUUCUUUCGAGGCAUCUUACCUUCAAUUACAGACCGCCCAUGUCCCCUUUGUUGAAGAGAAUAUCAAAGCUGCUGAUCGAGCUCUCGUCUCUCAUCUUCAGAGGCUCUCUGAAUUCAAACGUUUCUAUGUCGAUUUCUGUAGAUGUCCUGAGUUCCAGACUGAUUUGCCCAUUGGGUCUUGCUUGGAAGCCCAGGUUGAGGAGAACCAGAGCAAGCUUCGGGUACUCGGAACCGUUUCAGACCGGUUACAAGAAGAGAUGGAUCAAAAAGACAACGAAGUUAUGGCGCUAAGGAAAAAGUUAGAUGAGAUUCACAAUUCUAAUUCCAUGUUAUCAAAGAGAUUAUCGGGUAAUUUGAAUUCGUCUCGUGAGGUUUUGUUAUCUCUGAAAGUUUUUGAUUCUGUCUUACAUGAUGCUUGUAGUUUAACUCAUAAAUUUACUAAGAUUUUGAUUGAGUUGAUGAGGGGAGCUGGGUGGGAUUUGGAUUUGGCAGCAAAUUUGGUUCAUCCCAAUAUUGAUUAUGCUAAGAAAACUCAUAAUCGUUAUGCAUAUUUUUCCUAUGUUUGUAUGGGAAUGUUCAGGAAUUUUAACUCCAAAUGCUUUGGCUUGUCUGAGAACAAUGGAGAUUAUUCUAAUGGCCAUAUUGGGAAUGAUUCUGAUUUAGAUAAAAAAGGUUCUUCACUGAAGCAAUUACUCGAACAUGUAUCAAGCAAUCCAAUGGAAUUGCUGAGUAGGGACCGAAAUUGCGAAUUUUCUAGAUUUUGUGAGAACAAGUAUCAAGAGAUUAUCCACCCCACCAUGGAGUCUUCGAUAUUCAGUGAUAUGGAUAGAAAAGAGGUAGUGUUAAACUCAUGGAGAUCAUUGAGUGUGUUCUAUGAGGCCUAUGUAAACAUGGCAAGCUCAAUAUGGACGUUACACAAGUUGGCCUUUUCGUUUGAUCCUGUAGUUGAGAUAUUUCAAGUGGAAAGAGGUGUAGAUUUUUCGAUGGUAUACAUGGAAGAUGUCACCAAGCGAUUAUUGUUGCCAAAAUCGAAGGCAAAGGUAGGCUUCACAGUUGUUCCGGGUUUUAAAAUCGGACGAACAGUCAUUCAAUCUCAGGUUUACUUAGCAGGAUUGAAAUGCAAUGGUGAGUGAGAUAUAAGCUCUUUGAAGUGAAGAGUGGAAAUGUCUUUACGUAUGCCCCCAACUUGAAAGAACCUACUAUAGCUCACUUUCUGUGAUAUAUGGUAAAUAUAGAAAUAGAAUUUAUGAUUUCUGGUUUGUGAAUUGUUUUUUGUUUUUUCUAUAUGGCAGUUUUCCCCCCUUCUUCUUAAUCCUGUGUAAAGAUAACUGUAUACAUCUUUUUUUCCUUUUGAGUUCUUCUAACACAAAUACAUCGAGAAAUUGUGUAUGACAUGUUAAUCAGUUGCUUUAACAAAUAUAGUAGCCUUUUGACUCCAAA